CACGCGCGGGGAUAGCGGCGUGUCCGCAUCACGUCCCCCGACGGAGUGGCUGCGCCCGGGGGUCAGACACCUGUUCGGCCCGGCCGCGCGCGGGAGCCCAGGGGCAGGAUGAAAGUGACAGUGUGCUUCGGCAGGACGGGCAUCGUGGUGCCCUGCAAGGACGGCCAGCUGCGCGUCCGCGAGCUCACCCAGCAGGCGCUGCAGCGGUACCUGAAGACCCGGGACCAGGAUCCUGGAUACUGGGUGAAGAUACAUCACUUAGAAUACACAGAUGGAGGAAUCUUGGAUCCAGAUGAUGUCUUAGCAGAUGUUGUUGAAGACAAAGAUAAGCUCAUUGCUGUGUUUGACGAACAAGAGCCACUCCAGAAGAUUGAGAGCCCCAGUGGAAACCCUGUGGAUCAGCAGAGCCCAGACGCUUUCGAGACAGAAGUGGCUGCUCAACUGGCUGCAUUCAAACCAAUCGGUGGGGAAAUCGUAGUAACCCCUUCUGCUCUGAAGUUAGGAACACCACUGCUGGUGAGGAGAAGCAGUGACCCAGCACCAGGACCACAUGCUGAUGCCCAGCCAAGCAUUGCAAGCCCAAGUGGCCAGAUUAUGAAACCUGUUGUUCCGGUUUCCACCCAGAGUCUGGAAAACAGAGAAGUUAUGAAUGGUGAACACACAGAGCUACUAAUGGCGCACAGAACCAAGGACGCACUGAGUGAUAUGACAAGAGUGGUGGAGAUUUCUGGGGAAGGAGACCCCCUGGGAAUACAUGUGGUGCCCUUCUUUUCAUCCCUGAGUGGAAGGGUCCUAGGGCUCUUCAUCCGUGGCAUUGAAGAAAACAGCAGAUGCAAACAGGAGGGACUGUUUCGGGAAAAUGAAUGCAUCGUAAAAAUCAACAAUGUGGAACUACUGGACAAAACUUUUGCUCAGGCCCAGGAUGUCUUCCGUCAGGCAAUGAAAUCCCCCAGUGUGGUCUUACAUGUACUUCUGCCUCAAAACCGUGAGCAGUAUGAAAAAUCAGUCAUUGGACCACUGAACAUUUUUGACAACAAUGAUGGAUCUUCAAGAACAAAGGUUCUACCUCCUACCCGUGGGAAACCAGGAUUAAAGGCAGUAAAUCUGGCAGGAACAAACAGUCCUGAAGCAGAUGAGCCAACUUCCCCACAGCAAAGCAAGAGCCCCAGAGUUCCAAGACUAGGAAAAAAAGCUUUGUCUCCCUCACUCUCCCCUCUCAUGGGGUUUGGCAGCAAGAAAAAUGCAAAAAAAAUUAAGAUUGACCUAAAGAAAGGACCUGAAGGACUUGGUUUCACUGUGGUAACCAGAGACUCUUCUAUUCAUGGUCCUGGUCCCAUUUUUGUAAAAAACAUCUUACCAAAGGGAGCAGCAAUAAAGGAUGGCCGCCUUCAAUCAGGGGACAGAAUUUUGGAGGUAAAUGGCAGAGAUGUCACAGGAAGAACUCAGGAAGAGCUUGUGGCCAUGCUGAGGAGCACCAAGCAGGGAGAAACAGUGUCACUCGUCAUUGCCCGCCAAGAAGGGAGCUUCCUGCCCCGAGAGCUGAAAGGAGAACCUGACUGCUGUGCCCUCUCCCUGGAGACAAGCGAGCAGCUCACCUUGGAGAUCCCCCUGAAUGAUUCUGGCUCUGCUGGCCUUGGGGUUAGCUUGAAAGGGAAUAAAUCCCGAGAAACUGGAACUGACUUGGGGAUUUUUAUCAAAUCCAUCAUCCAUGGAGGUGCUGCUUUUAAGGAUGGCCGCCUGAGAAUGAAUGACCAACUGAUUGCUGUUAAUGGGGAAACUCUUCUGGGCAAGUCCAACCAUGAAGCCAUGGAAACACUGAGGAGAUCGAUGUCCAUGGAAGGAAACAUACGGGGCAUGAUCCAGUUAGUGAUACUGAGGAGGCCAGAGAGACCGCUGGAGGAGCUUGCAGAAUCUGGCGCACUUUCCAGGCCAUGUUUUGAAAACUGUCAAGAAGCUCUGAGCCCCUCCAGGAGAAAUGGUUUUAGUGUAUCAUAUCCACUUGGCACUUGCAGUCCACAAGAUAAAAGGAAAGACCUAUUGCUUCCCAAUGAUGGGUGGGCCGAGAGUGAAGUACCGCCAUCCCCGCCACCACAUCCUGGUCUGGAAUGGGGCCUUGAAGAUUACAGCCACAGCUCUGGGGUGGAUUCCACAGCAUAUUUUCCAGAUCAACAUGUCAAUUUCAGAUCUGUGACACCAGCCAUGCAGCCUGAAUCAAUUAACCUGAAAACCUCCAAGAGCAUGGAUCUUGUGCCAGAUGAAAGCAAAGUCCAGUCAUUGGCUGAUCGCAGAUCGGACACACACAAACACACAUAUGCCACAAUCAAGAAUUAGAUGGCAGACUCUCCAAGCAAAGACUUUGGUCCGACUUUGGGUUUGAAAAAGUCCAGUUCCUUGGAGAGCCUGCAGACUGCUGUGGCUGAAGUCAGGAAGAGUGAUCUGCCCUUCCACAGGCCCAGACCACACAUGGUCCGAGGCCGGGGCUGCAAUGAAAGCUUCAGAGCCGCCAUUGACAAAUCUUAUGAUGGGCCAGAAGAAGUAGAAGCUGACGGUCUCUCUGAUAAGAGCUCUCAUUCUGGCCAUGGAGCUCUGAAUUGCGAGUCUGCCCCUCAGGGAAACCCUGAGUUAGACGAUGUGGAAAAUAAAGCCAGGAAAGUCAAAAAAGCAAAGGAGAAGGAGAAGAAAAAGGGAAAGGGCAAGCUGAAAGUCAAGGACAAAAAGCAGAAAGAAGAGAGUGAAGACCCAGAGAGGAAAAUGAAGAGGAAGGGAUUUGGUGCCAUGCUGAGAUUCGGAAAGAAGAAAGAUGAUAAGGGUGGAAAGCUGGAGCAGAAAGGUGCCCAGAAGCCCGGGAACCUAGGAGAAGAGCUCGAAAGAAUGAGAGAGGAGCGGGAAAGGAUUGGAGCAAAACAUCAGGAGCUAAGGGAAAAACAGGCAAAAGGUCUUGUUGAUUAUGCCACUGGAGUGAUUGGAUCAGUGCAUGAUAUGGAUGAUGAUGAAAUGGACCCCAAUUAUGCCAGAGUGAACCACUUUCGGGAGCCGUGCACAUCAGCAAAUGUCUUCAGAUCUCCAUCUCCCCCUCGAGCUGGACCACUUGCUUACCCUCGGGAUGGACGUCCACUGUCUCCAGACAGAGACCACUUAGAGGGUCUUUAUGCCAAGGUCAACAAGCCAUAUCAUCCUCCAGCCCUAGCUGACAGUGGCCGUCCCAUGGCUGGAAACACUGACCGCAUCCAGAAACUUCGGAAGGAGUAUUAUCAGGCUCGAAGAGAAGGGUUCCCUUUGUAUGAAGAUGAAGAGGGACGAGCACGGCCAUCUGACCAUGACCUCCGCUGGGUGUCUGGAAAGGGUCCAGAUGGAAGCACACACAACCUCCGCUUUGAAGGGAUGGAGCGGCAGUACGCAUCCUUACCCAGGGGAGGCUCAGCAGAUCCUGUGGACUACCUGACAGCAGUGCCCCGAGGGCGCUACAAAGAAAGAGAGCUUCCAUUCUACCCAGGGCCUUAUCCUGUACAUCCCCCAAGAGGGAGCUAUGCCCACCCCCCAGAUCUGAGGGUGGCAGACCUCCGAUAUCCACAGUACUACCCACGCCCACCAGCCCAUCAGCACAAAGGACCCUUCAGACAGGAUGUUCCACCUUCCCCACCUCAGCACCAGAGAGGUCCAGUCUAUCAGGAGAUGGGCAGAGCAGGUCCCCGAGGGGGCAGCCCUGACCAGCACCCCUAUCGUAACCAGGACCCCAGGCAGAAGAACCCCAUGACUGCAGCCGUAUAGCUGAAUAUCACAGAGAUCUGCCAAGCAAAGAAGACACCCACCACCACCUUUGCCCUUGCUAGUCCCUAAGACCUUCUUCAAGUUAAGGUGUCCCAUGCUGAU